AUGGUCCAGGCCAACCCCAACGCCGCUCCCACAGAGCUCACCGGCAAAGUCGCCCUAGUCACUGGUGGCAGCCGCGGCAUCGGCUCUGGAAUUGCGCUCGAGCUGGCCAAAAGAGGCGCCUCAGUAGCGAUCAACUAUGCCAGGGAUCCCUCCUCUGCCGAAAAGAUGGUCCACGAGAUCAAAAGCCUCGGCGUCCACGCUGCCGCUUUCCAAGCCGACCUGACCAAACUCGAAGCCAUCGAGAACCUCUUCCGAGAAGUGGUCUCCCACUUUGGUCAACUGGACAUUGUGGUUUCGAACUCCGGCACUGAGAAAUUCGUCUCGCUGGCCGAUACUACCAUCCAAGACUUCAACGAUGUCUUUGACCUGAAUACUCGGGCCCAGUUCUUCGUCGCCAAGAAUGCCUACGAUUAUAUCCAGCCUGGCGGACGCGUGGUGCUGAUGUCUUCUAUUGCCGCGGGCGUGGGUGUCCCCGGCCACUCGCUGUAUGCGGGCAGCAAGAGCGCUGUUGAAGGUUUCACGCGCUGCUUUGCGGCGGACUUUGGCAAGAAGCGUUGCACUGUGAAUGCGAUUGCGCCUGCUGGUAUUAAGAGUGACAUGUGGUUGAAGAACUCAUGGCGCUAUGCCCCUGGCUGCGAUCAGAACUCGAGUCUGGAGGAGAUCGAGCAGGCUUUGGCCAAUGGUAGCCCCCUGAAGCGGUGUGGAGUUCCGGCUGAUAUUGGCCGUGUUGUGGCAUUCCUCGCUAGCCCGGCGGGAGAAUGGGUCAACGGACAAAUCAUCCCACUGAAUGGUGGUGCCAACAUUUGA